AUGUUAAAUUUAACAAGAAGUAAUUUUCAAGAUCAUCCUUUUCAUUUAGUUUCUCCAUCUCCUUGACCACUUUAUACUAGUCUGAGUUUAUUAUCUUUAACUUUAAAUUCAGCACUAGCAAUGCAUAAUUUUGCUAACGCUUAUGUAUUUACUUACAUAGGUUUAUUUUUAGUUGUAAGUUCUAUGACUUUAUGAUUUAGAGAUAUAAUAGCAGAAGGUACAUUCUUGGGUAAUCAUACUUUAGCUGUACAAAAAGGACUUAAUUUAGGUGUAAUACUUUUUAUAGUAUCUGAAUUAAUGUUCUUUGUUGCUAUAUUCUGAGCAUUUUUCCAUAGCGCUUUAACACCUACAGUUGAAUUAGGUGCACAAUGACCACCUAUGGGUAUAGACCCUAUAAAUCCUUUUGAAUUACCAUUACUUAAUACAAUUAUAUUAUUAUCUAGUGGAGCUACUGUGACUUACAGUCAUCACGCUUUAAUUCAAGGAGACAGAGCUGGAGCUAUAUACGGUGCAAUCGCUACAGUAGUAUUAGCUAUAGUGUUUACUGCUUUCCAAGGUGUAGAAUAUUCAGUGUCAUCUUUCACAAUUAGUGAUGGUGCAUUUGGUUCAUGUUUCUACUUUGGUACAGGAUUUCACGGAUUUCACGUUAUAAUUGGUACAAUAUUUAUCGGAGUAGGGUUAUGAAGAAUAUAUGCUUACCAUUUAACAGAUAAUCAUCACUUAGGAUUUGAAGGUGGAAUUUUAUACUGACAUUUUGUCGAUGUUGUAUGACUUUUUCUUUAUGUAUCAAUUUAUUAUUGAGGAUCGUAA